GUCAAUCGAGAAAAGCUAUAGAUUCGAUCGGUCUGCCGAACAGGUAGAUCGUACGAAGCACAGAUCUUCGGAAAAGAUUUCGAGUUUCGCGACAUCCUAGAAUAUCCGUUUUUCUUCAAUUUUGUUCUUCUUUUAAGGUUGCCUUAUUUUUGUUUUGUGACUUUUAAGAAAUAAGCAAAACGGAUCUAGGAGAGAAAUUGUCGGUAUAGUUAUAGUUUUGUAAAACUAGACGAAUUUUAUGGAGUAUUCACAACUAUGUAAGAAAUCGAUGGAAAAGGAACAGUGAUUAAUCCGCUAAACCGUCUACAUUUUAUCAUUCCGGACAACGUAACGAAUGUAAUCGACUAACAAACAUGACUGGGAUCAGCUUUGAAAAAGUAAUUAAGGGAAGAAUUCCUCUCUUAAAAUGGUUACCUCUCUACAGAGGCAAAGAUGCGCUCGGUGACCUCGUUGCUGGUCUCACAGUCGGACUGACCUUGAUACCUCAGGCGAUAGCCUAUGCAGGAUUGGCCGGUCUAAGUCCACAGUAUGGCCUAUACAGUGCGUUAAUAGGAAGCUUCGUUUAUAUCAUUUUUGGUACUUGUAAAGAAGUGAACAUCGGUCCCACCGCUCUAAUAUCCUUGCUGACGUUCACUUAUGCAAGGGGAAUUCCACAGUAUGCAAUCCUUCUCUGUUUUCUAUCAGGUUGCAUAACCAUUAUCUUUGGUAUUCUGCGGUUAGGAUUCUUAGUAGAAUUCGUAUCUAUGCCCGUUGUUGCUGGGUUUACGUCUGCAACGAGUCUGAUAAUCGCUUGCAGUCAAAUUAAAGGUCUGCUGGGCUUGAAAAUACACGCCGAAAGUUUCUUAGAUAUAUGGAAGGAAUUGUAUAAUAAUAUUGACCAAACGAGACUGCCAGAUCUUAUUCUCUCCUGCUGUUGCAUUUUCGUUCUGCUGCUUUUAAAGAUUCUGAAAGAUAUCAAGUUUCGAAAUCAAUUCCUGAAAACGUUCUUUUGGUUCCUAGGAACAGGCAGAAAUGCCCUUGUUGUUCUCCUUUGUGCCGUGGCAUCAUAUAUCUUUGAAAUUCGGGAUGGAGCUCCUUUCCUUCUUACAGGACACAUCGAUGCCGGCUUACCGCGAGUGGAACCUCCAUCCUUCACGAUAAACGUUGGAAAUGAAACUCAGACUUUCAUUGAUAUUUGUAAACAUUUUAGUUCUGGUAUUAUUGUUGUGCCAUUGAUCUCUAUUAUUGGGAACGUUGCCAUUGCCAAGGCUUUCUCACGUGGACAAACUCUGGAUGCCACGCAAGAGAUGUUAACUUUAGGAUUGUGUAAUGUAAUCGGUUCAUUUUUCCAAUCCAUGCCAAUUACUGGUUCUUUCUCAAGAAGUGCCGUAAACAAUGCCUCAGGUGCAAGAACUCCAUUAGGUGGACUUUAUACAGGUAUUCUGGUCAUACUUGCCCUAAGUUUAUUGACACCGUAUUUUUAUUACAUACCCAAAGCUACUUUAAGUUCGGUUAUAAUAAGUGCGGUCAUAUUUAUGAUAGAAAUAAAUAUAAUACGGCCGAUUUGGAGAAGCAGUAAAAGAGAUCUUAUUCCGGCAUUCAUCACAUUUCUCGCAUGCUUAUUCGCCGGUGUUGAACUGGGAAUUUUAAUAGGCAUUGCGAUCGAUCUACUUAUAUUAAUUUAUUUCAAUGCACGGCCAACCAUGUACAUUGAAUAUAGAAAUAAUCCCAUAGCGAAUUACGUUCUCGUUCGUCCUAGCGCUGGACUUUUAUUUCCCGCUGUUGAUUAUCUAAGGAUCUACUUGACUGAAACGUUGGAUGAUGAUAAAUAUAAGAAAUCAUUAAAAUAUUCAAGAAAUAUAAAAUAUGUCGUGCUGGAUUGCGGAUAUAUCGACAAAAUUGAUUUUACUGCAGCACAGGGUAUUAGUACUCUGGUCAAAGAUUUCAAAGAUAACGGUCGCUUUUUGAUAUUGUUACGACCAGCUGCAGAAAUUUUUCAAAGUAUAAAAUCUCUUACCAAUGAAUCGAUCGUUACUGCUAAAACAGAUGUAGAGUUAUUAACCAUUUUAAAAGAGUUCAAUGGAAUUAAGCGCAUAGGUUCAGAAAGCUAUGCCAUACCUGAUGAUUUUAAAAGAAAGACUGUCGUCAAUGUUGCUCAAUCUGAUGUUCAUGCAUUUUCUGAGAUUUACUAGCAACAUUAAAAGUCUUCGAUAAAUUAGGGGCACGAGUAUCCUUUUUAGUAAUGUAUGUUUUAUCUAGAUUUUUUGAAUUAAUUGAAGAAUGUUUUUUUUGAUUUAAACUAAUAUUAUUACUUUUUUCUUCUUGAUCGUCAUCUAAUAAAAUAUAUGUAAAGUAAGCUAUUUUUAUU